CAAGAAACAAGACACACUUUAGGACUUAAGAGACUGUCCACCUGUUCGAUAAUACGAUACAUGAUCGAUCGAUUCAUGACCAACAUGUCUUCUUCCGGAGUCGAGUAACAUCAGGCUGCGCUGUGAUGUUGAAGAGGAGUAAAGGUGCUUGCGUAGCCAGCGAACCAUUUCAAGUGCCCGCUAUCGGAUAUCAUACCGUCAACACCGAAUCUUUUAGGUUAAACAUCGUCGACGACUCGGACGAUUUCUUACCACCCCCACCGCUCGUCGAUGACGAAAACGGAACGUCACUCGAUGCCACUGUAACUACAACUACAAAGAGACUCGGGUCGGGACGACCUCCCACUUCUCAGCUUUCACCUUCAUCUUCUUCUUCCUCAUCUCCACCACCAAACGAAACCGCAAAAGGAGAAGAAGAAGAAGAAGAAGGAGAAGACGAGGAAGACGAAGCCCUGCAAAGAGAUCGUAAAAGGAGAAAACUCAACUCGGCGCAGGACGAAAGACUCCGGUUGAUCGAGGCUAGGGAGAAGGAGCAGCUCGAACGUGAACGGGAGAACGAGGAUGAUGGGGAUGGGUUGGACGUUCCCGAGAUACGUCCUUGUGAUGAAGAACCCUCAGCUCAAACCCUCGCCCUGAUGACCCACACCCUCACCUCCCUCCGAGCCGCGUCGAAUCCUCAGGUCCUAGAACUCCGGAUCUUGACGUUACAUCAUUCGGACGAGAGGUUUAGCUUUUUGAAGACGGAUGGGAGGUAUAGGAAAGCUUGGGAGAGAUUGAAGCGGGGUGAAGGGAUUGGGGCGGGUGAUGGUGCUGAGGCGAACAAGUCAGCGGGUUCGGGAUCGGGGGCGAUGGGAUUGGGAGGAUUGAUGGGCGCCUAUGGAGACAGCGAUACCGAUGACGAUAGCGAUAGCAAGGAGGACGACGUCGACGAGGAGAAGGAGGAAGACGUCCCACCCAUCCCGGACGCUCCACCACCCCCCUCACCUCCCCAGAAUCCGCCUCCUUUACCUUUACCUUGAGAGGGCGCCUAGUUCGAGUUCCGAGUGAGACGAGACGAGACGAGACGACACGAGACGAGGGGAAACGUCUCGAUCUCCCGAUUUUGCUCGCUGGGUGUUUUCGGCUGACCGCAUCUGCCAUCCCGUCAGGUGGUCAUGCGGAGAGUCACUGGGUAUCAGAUCCUCCUUUAAAAAGUCGUCCUCAUCUCAUCAGAGCAGUGCAAGUGGAGCGCUCAAGGUAUACUGAGGAGCUUCGUUAAGGUCGAUCAGUGGGUUUUAGGGAAUCCACCAUGGGGAUUA